AUGGGAGUAGAUAUCACCGCUGCGAGGGAAGAAGGUUACCUCCCGCCUGACUGGACGGACGAGCAAAUCAUCGAGACCUUCACUCCUGCUGAGCAUCGGUUCUACGAAUGGGAGCAGAGCGGCCACGGCAUUCUCGAUUUUGCCAUCGGAAACAUUGAAGAAGGGCUCCAAGCUCAAUUUCCAGAUGUGGAAAACCUCGAGUAUCUAUACUGGGCCUUCAUGUACAAAUGGGGGGACAGACAUUUCCGGAGAUGGUGCCAUCCACUUCCACCCGUAAACGUUCUCGAGAUCGUCAAAGAAACCAAUUGCCGCGACCCUGAAUCCGUCAGCAGCACGUCGUUAACUCUCCAGACCCGCAGAGCUCCCGACAUGCUACUUGGCGAGAGUUCUUUUGGUGGCCGUUUGACAGGAUACGCCGUCGCGAUUGAUCCCACCUUCUUGCAACCUGAUACCUCCAAUCCCGAUCUUCCGAACGGCCCAGCAGACAGAUUUUUGGAUCAAGUCGUCAUCGCUAUCGACAUCAACUCUCCUCAGCCGGACAUCCAGCCAGAGUCCUUGCAACUACCAUCGCCUCCAGAGAAGCGUCGUCGUGAGAGCCUCAGCUCAGAUGAGGGCUCGGAAGGGCGCUCGGACGUUUCGAUGCGAAGCGCGACGAGUGACGACUACAUUGAGAAGGAGCCUGAUGUUUUUUUCCAGCUGGGAGAAUUGAUGGCCUGCACUGGCCUUGGCUGGUUUGGGGCUCGAGACAAGGCUCCAGAGGAGGCUGCUAAGAACGCGGAAUGGGAAGAGACGGGAUACAGCGUUCUUAUCAAGCUGAAUCGACACGGCUACCCAACUGGUCCCAUCUUUGUCGCCUACGUGUUUUGCCGCGAUGAAUUUGGAGAGGCAGAGGAGAUCGAGUGGAGAGACGAGGACGGCCAAGAGCUGCCCCAUAUUCGGCGCCUGCACGAAGACUGCAAGACCCAGUUCUAUCUUGCCCAGAUUGCAAACAAGAUAGAAGACCUCGAGCAUGGGAAGAAAUUCGAUUUCGAUGUGAAAUGCUUCGACAGAUGCAACGUCCAAGGUGCAAUGGUGGUGGGAUAUGGCCCGUCUGAGAGGGUUGUUCCAACAAUGGUCUAUGAUGACAUGGGCGCCAACAAGCGAGCCAAGAUGGCUGACGAUUGA